AUUGAUCAGAUGAUUGACGCAAUGAUCAAGACCCCAGGUAGCCGACUAUCGCAAUAUCGCAACAUCGUAAUAUUCGAAAAGCGCAACAUUCGAGAUAGGAUCAGCGGCCGGGUCGCCGGCGCGAGCAGGCUCGUCGCAAGUCCGGACUCCCAGGCGACAUUCCAGGGCAGCGGUUCGUACGUCGUGUUCGACUGGGGAAGGAGCCCGCUCAAGUUGGACGACUCGUGCCAGCCCGCACGGCUGCAGAACUGGGACAGAAUCCAGACGUUCCACGUGCCGCGAGCCACGGGGCUGCUGACGCAGACCGUGGGACAGCAGCGCGGCGGGUUCCGCUUCCUGACGAUUGUGAGUGCGAGCGCGGACCCGCUGACGAUCUCGAACAUCUCGCUGGCGAUCACGUUCAUGCCCCACUGGGAUGAUCUCAGGGCGUACCCGGGCUACUUCUUUGCACCUGACCCCGGGUUCCACGACAUCGACUUCCUCACGAAGAUCUGGCACUAUAGGGUGCAGACCAACACAAUCCCUCCCCACACGGCGCGACAGGAGCCGUGCCCAGCAGGAGGUGGCUGGUCCAACGAUGCCUUGGGAGGAGCUGCCACUGGGCCUAUCCUCGUCGAUGGUGCAAAACGCGACAGGAACAUCUGGCCAGGCGACUGCGGCAUCUCCACACACACGGAGCUCGUCGCGCUGAGCGACAUGGAGCCGACCAAGAACUCGUUGAUGGUGAUGUUCCGCACGCAAAACCUGACGACUGGCGCGCUGCAGUACUCCGGGCCGCCGCUGAACAACCAGGGAAGCGACACGUACAUCUCGUGGUCGCUCAUUGGGACGCACAACUACUUCCUGUACACGGGCGACCUCGAUUUCAUCAAGUCUGUCUGGGCGAACUACACCAAGGCGGUUGGCUUCCUUGAGGGCCAGGUGGACUUGACCGGCCUGAUGAACGUCUCGUCUGCGCUCUCGAACGACUGGGGCAGGGCCAGCGGCGCCGGACACAACUCUGCGGCAAACGCGUUGCUUUAUCGCGUGAGGAUUGAUUUCUGUCUCUCGCAUCAUGUAUCCGCGCUCAUCAAGCUCGUAGACGCUCGUCACCACGGCGGACCUGGCGACGCAUCUCGGCAAUGUCUCCCUCCCCGCCACAUACCUCGCCAACGCGACCAAGAUCAAAACUGCGUUCAACAGCCUGCUGUGGGACGCCGCGGCGGGCCGGUUCCGCAGCAACGACCUGCCGAGGAGCAUCCACCCGCAGGACGGCAACGCGCUCGCGGUCCUGUACAACCUCACGACAUCGGACGCACAGAACAAGGCCGUGAGCGCCGGGCUGAUGAAGUUCUGGACGCCCAUCAGGCCGUGGCUUCGAGGUGCGUGUUGCGCUGGUGGUUUGUGGUUUGCGUGUCACCUGCGCGACAGAUCCAAGCGCAUUUUGUGGCCGGCAAGGGCGAGCGGGCAAUUGAUCUGAUCGAGCGCGAGUGGGGGUACAUGCUGGAAACCAACUUGAGUGUCAAGUCGCCGCUGCUAGAGGGCUUCUCGGCCAACGGAUCGCUCGGGUGCGUGUCGUAUCAAUCAGCUGCGGCAAGCUGUUGGUCCUGA